AUGGUCCUACCUAAUAUUGGUUAUUCGAAAGUUUCUACUUGUUCACAUAUUUCCUUGGACUAUUACUACAAUAUCGAGGAAUUAAGAAAAAAUUUUCCAACUGUAAAUUUCAUAUUCCAGUACGAAUUUGAACAGUGGAGCAAAAAAAGAUUCAGAAAGCCCAUUGCUCAACAUCUCCACAUCGCUGAUGGAACGAAUACGCAAUCUUCGAUCUUCAAAAUCCAUCCUCCGCAGAAUCUUUCUCACCUCUACGGUGCAAACUGUUUCGAUCGAUUUGCUAUGCGAUUAAGCAGAAAGAGUACUUAUCAUCGUCUGCUAGUUAAUCAAGACGCGUUACUUGAUUUAGAAAAGCGCAAACACGUAACAAAACUCGUGACAGAUUCCUUUUUCCACUCUGGUGACGAAGUCUUGCUCAUAAAAAGCGACAUAAGUCACGACAUGAGCUUACAGAAAUACCCUACAAUACCAUACUCGACUCUUAUUGCCCAGGAGGCACAGAAAAUAAAGAUGACGCUGAAGUCAUAUGUGGCAAUACAUUGGAAAAUGGAAGGAAUGCAGGCCGAGACUUUAUAUGCUUGCGCAGAACGAUUGAGGAGUAUGUUGGUGGAUAUAAGGAACAAGUAUGGAAUACAAAACAUCUAUUUGUCAACCGAUUACCCCAUAUCGCCCGAGUUUUCACAUCCCAAUUCGCAUAAAAGGUUUAAAAAACAUCAUCAUCGAGCUAUGUUGAUGUUAAAUUCCACGUUUAACAUAAGCACAUGGAUUAGUUUAGAUGCAUUUAGUAAGAUGCGUCAAGAAUUGAUGGACAUUAAUAGUAAUGAUCGCAGUAAGCGUAAUGAGAAUAGAAAUGACGGAGGUGGCGGUGGUCUUGAUGAAUUCGGAAAGGGAAGAAUACGGACGUUACUAGAUCAGAUAGUCUGUGCGAACGCUGAUUAUUUUUUGAGUGGACCGGCGGAGUGUCAUAGUCAAUGGAAUGUAUUCACACGAAUGGUGGGAGACUCUCGACGAGAGAUUUUAGAGUCAGAAAAUGGGAAAUUAUUGAAUAUAAUGACCACUUGGUAA